AUGAAUGAAGACAACAUCAUAUUUGCAUUGGUUUAUGUAGAUGAUAUAGUGAUAAUAGGAAACAAUGGUCAACAAUUGCAGAUGUUUAUUGAUAAAUUAGAUGCUUGUUUUGCCCUUAAAUACAUGGGUAAUCUCAAUCAAUUCUUGGGUAUUGAAGUCUACAGAGAUGUCACAGGCCUUUACCUAACUGAGACAAAAUAUAUGGUUGACUUACUGAAGAAAUUUGACUAUGAAAACUUGAAACCAGUCCCAACUCCUUUGGCAGUAGGUAAACUGAUAUCUAAGGAUGAAGGUCUCUACAGGAGUGCAGUUGGUGGUCUUCAAUAA